AGAAGCGACAAGUACUGUUUGCAAUCUUUCCUACAAUUAAAUGACUGUCGUCAGCGUGAGACCAGGUUCUGCGAUGUGGCGGACUUCUGCCUUUUUGAUUGCUGUAGCUGUGCUGACUGGAGAGAGUAGGGCUCAAACGCAGUACUACGGCCGGCUGAUCGGCAGCUUCCCGACCCCUGCCGGGCCAGGCGGGGUGGCAGGUACGGUGUACGCUGUGGACGCCGAUAGAGUACAGACCGUGGGAUUCUCCUUCGACGGGUCCGUUCCAGAUGUCCAGUUUCGUGCUGGCACCACAGACUCGCCGGAUGUGGGGGCAGGAGUGGUGGUACCUGAUGAACACGGCAGAGCGACUCCACUGGGUGUUUAUAACAACAGGAGGAUUGUCCUGACUUUUCCUAACGGAACAACUUUGGACAGCGUCAGGUGGAUCGCUGUUUGGGGUCAAAAUACCGGGAACAUUGGUCACGUGGCCGUCCCAGACGGGUUUGUUUACCCCCGCCCGCGGAACGUUGGAGAAUUUUCCCGCCGGCAACAUGGCGUCCGCUCCGGGGAUGUCACUACCACAGACGCCAAGACCUUCAAUAUUCAAAACUUGCACUAUGAUGGUUUCGGACCGGAUGCAUUCUUUUGGGCUGGAAAUAGAGACGAUCGCCCUAGCCCACGUGGCUUCAAGGUGCCAGAUGAGAGUGGAAGUUUUGACCAACGUCUAAAACGCUACACAGGCCAAACCAUAGACAUCGUGCUGCCGGGAGAUGUAACCGUAUACGAUAUCAAAUGGCUCAGUAUGUGGUGCAUCCGCUUCACCGCCAACUUCGGGGAGGUCUUCAUCCCAAGCCCAGCAGACCUGAACGUUCCACCGUUCGUUCGAGACAUCGUUGCACCUCCGCAGGAGCUUGGAAACUGUGAGGAGCUGCAUGACGACCUACAGGUCAGCUGGGAACUAAACGGCGGAAACCUAGAUCUGCAGCUGGCCGGGCGGGUAGCGGACGGAGAAUACAUGGCGUUCGGUAUCAGUGGCUGUGCCGACCAGACCUGCAUGGUGGGCUCGGAUGUGACCGUGACCUGGUACGACGUGGACACACCGAGAGCAGUGGACUACACUCUGGGCGCGUGCUAUUUGUUGUGGAUUGUUAUUGGGUCUUCACAGUGCAGCGGUCGGUCCGGCGUGUGUCCAGACGACAGAGUAGACGGCACGGAGGACAACUUCAACGUCACCGGUACAAGGAUAGACGGCGUCACGAGGAUCAGGUAUUCUCGUCCAAUCAACACUGGCGACACAGCCGACAAUGUCAUUGACCCUGCACAAAACAUGUUCAUCUCCUGGGCCAUAGGACCCAUCAAUCCGAGUGGUCUAGCCGCCAAGCACCACACAAGAGCUGAUGGAAACGUUCAACUUCAGUUUGGGCGCAGCCUCUCCUACGCGUGUGGUAUGAUAGGCGGCGGGACUCCUGCCCCGGUCACACCAUGGCCUGCCAACACCAUCCCUGAUAACGUCACCACAUUCACCGCCCGCAUCGGGCCUGCAGGAGGCGUCAGGGGCUAUGAGGGUAUCACAGGUCAGCCAGGCUGGGGGAUCGCGUGGUAUAUCAAUGGUCUGCUUAUCCCAGAGCUGCAUGUAAAGAGACGUCAGAACUACACUUUUAUAGUGGAGGGAGGAGACGACGCUUCCCUACCUGCUAGGUACCACCCAUUCUACAUAACAGAUGAUCCAAAAGGAGGUUACAUACAGAAAACCGCUGCAGAGAAACAGGAAGUUGCAGUGUUUGCAGGUGUUGAUGAGGAGGGGAACCCAACAGCAGCCGGGCGUUAUUGUGAGUACACAGCUCCAGGCGGUGACACACCGGAGGCAUCGGAGACGUUUGCCGAGUACUUCCGCCGGCUGAACCUGACGUGUGAGCCCGGUCUGCCCGCUCGCCUCUACUGGACACCUGACGACAACACGCCGGACCUGGUGUACUAUCAGUGCUUCACUCACCAGUAUCUUGGAUGGAAGAUCAACGUAGUGGACGUAGGCUGCAUACCAGAAAAUUGA